AUGUCGGCCAUGACGGGACAGAGGGCCACGCUCAGGAGGUGUGUGGGUUACCCACAGACUGCCUUCUGGGGAGACAUCGCCUUAGAGGAAGAGGACUUGAAGCUGUUUCAGAUAGACAGAACUGUUGAGGUACCAGGGCAGGCGGCGGAGCAUGCAAGACACACGACAGGGGGUCUGGGGGAGCAGUCGGCUGGGCCCGGCCAGAACGCCACGGCAGCUGGGCGUAGCAGCAAGGCAGUUAAAAAGGAGGCCGGGGGGAACGCCACACUCGCCAGGAGGCCGGCAGCCGAGGAGGACAAAGACCGGCCUCUCCCCGCCGCGCCGGCCCCUCCCAGAAUCCGCAGGGCAACCACGUCCAGGGCAGAGCGGAUCUGGCCAGGAGGGGUCAUACCCUACGUCAUCGGAGGGAAUUUCACUGGCAGCCAGAGGGCUAUUUUUAAGCAGGCCAUGAGGCACUGGGAGAAGUACACCUGCGUGACGUUUGUGGAGAGGACCGACGAGGAGAGCUUCAUCGUGUUCACGUACAGAACCUGCGGUUGCUGCUCCUACGUGGGGCGCCGAGGGGGAGGCCCCCAGGCCAUCUCCAUCGGCAAGAACUGCGACAAGUUUGGCAUCGUGGCCCACGAGCUGGGCCACGUGGUUGGGUUUUGGCACGAGCACACGCGGCCCGACCGGGACCAGCAUGUCACCAUCAUCCGAGAAAACAUCCAGCAAGGUCAGGAGUACAACUUCUUAAAGAUGGAAGCCGGAGAAGUGAAUUCUCUGGGAGAGACCUAUGACUUUGACAGCAUCAUGCACUACGCCCGGAACACCUUUUCAAGAGGGGUCUUCCUGGACACCAUCCUUCCCCGGCGCGAUGACAGUGGGGUACGGCCAACUAUCGGUCAGCGCAUUCGGCUGAGUCAGGGCGACAUUGCUCAGGCGAGGAAGCUGUACAAGUGCCCAGCUUGCGGUGAAACCUUGCAGGACACGACGGGGAAUUUCUCUGCCCCCGGUUUCCCAAAUGGCUACCCUUCCUACUCCCAUUGCGUGUGGAGAAUAUCUGUGACGCCUGGGGAGAAGAUCGUUUUAAAUUUCACGUCGAUGGACUUGUUUAAAAGUCGCCUGUGCUGGUACGAUUACGUGGAGGUGCGGGACGGCUACUGGAGGAAGGCUCCCUUGUUAGGUCGAUUCUGUGGGGAUAAAGUCCCCGAGCCUCUGAUCUCCACCGACAGCCGGCUGUGGAUCGAGUUCCGGAGCAGCAGCAACAUCCUGGGCAAAGGUUUCUUUGUGGUUUAUGAAGCAAUCUGUGGUGGAGAAAUUCACAAGGACGCUGGCCAGAUUCAGUCUCCCAAUUACCCAGACGACUACCGGCCAUCCAAAGAGUGCAUCUGGAAGGUCACGGUUUCCGAGGGCUUUCAUGUAGGACUCAUGUUCCAAGCAUUUGAGAUUGAGAGGCACGACAGCUGUGCUUAUGACUACCUGGAAAUCCGAGACGGCCCUACCGAGGACAGCCCUUUGAUCGGACACUUUUGCGGCUAUGAGAAGCCAGAAGAUAUCAAAUCCAGCUCCAAUCAAGUGUGGAUGAAGUUUGCCUCCGAUGGGUCCAUCAACAAAGCAGGGUUUGCAGCCAACUUCUUCAAAGAGGUGGACGAAUGUUCUCGGCCGGACAACGGUGGGUGUGAACAGCGCUGCGUGAACACCCUGGGCAGCUACAAGUGCGCCUGUGAACCUGGCUAUGAGCUGACGGGGGAUAAAAAAGGCUGUGAGGCGGCCUGUGGCGGCUUCAUCACCAACCCCAACGGGACCAUCACGAGCCCCGGCUGGCCCAAGGAAUACCCCACCAACAAAAACUGUGUCUGGCAGGUGGUGGCGCCUGCCCAGUACCGGAUUUCUCUGCAGUUUGAAGUCUUUGAGCUGGAAGGCAACGAGGUCUGUAAGUACGACUACGUGGAGGUGCGCAGUGGGCUGGCCUCCAAUUCCAAGCUCCACGGCAAAUUCUGCGGCUCGGAGAAGCCAGAAGUGAUCACGUCGUCUAGCAACAACCUGAGGCUGGAGUUCAAAUCGGACAACGCGGUAUCCAAAAAGGGAUUCAAAGUCCACUUCUUUUCCGAUAAAGACGAAUGCUCCAAAGACAACGGCGGGUGUCAGGACGAAUGCGUCAACACGUUCGGGAGCUACGCCUGCCAGUGCAGGAACGGCUUCAUGCUGCACGAGAACGGGCGCGACUGCAAAGAAGCGGGCUGCGAGCACAAAGUGAGCAGCGCAGAAGGAACAAUGGCAAGUCCGAACUGGCCCGACAAGUACCCCAGCCGGAAGGAAUGCACCUGGAACGUGUCCGCCACUCCUGGCCACCGGGUGAAAAUCACGUUCAGCGAGUUUGAGAUUGAGCAGCACCAGGAGUGCGCCUACGACCACUUGGAAAUGUACGAUGGCCCCAACGGCAAGUCACCCAUCCUUGGCCGCUUCUGUGGCAGCAAGAAACCGGACCCGGUGGUGGCGUCUGCUAACAAAAUGUUCCUCAGGUUUUACUCUGAUGCUUCUGUGCAAAGAAAAGGCUUCCAGGCAAAGCAUAGCACAGAAUGCGGCGGGCGCCUGAAGGCGGACGUGCGCACGAAGGAGCUGUAUUCCCACGCCCAGUCGGGCGGCUGCUACUGGGUGAUCGUGGCUGAAGACGGCUACGGCGUGGAAUUAACGUUUCAGACCUUUGAGCUAGAGGAGGAGGCCGACUGCGGCUAUGACUACAUGGAGAUCUACGACGGCUACGACAGCACCGCCCCCCAGACUGGCUAA